CAUGACCUGUCAAAAAAUCCCGCAAUCCCCAUCCGGAAGCGUCCCAUUGCCCCAAUAAAUCGCGAAAUCCCGGUCGUGCGCGCCUGUGCGAAUCCUCCGUCCGAGCCGCAGCAAAUCAAACCCUCAGUCAAGUUCUCGUCGCCAUCCAGUUCGUGUCCGUGCCGCGCAGUGCUACCACCUCACCGCUCCUCCCAGAAAAAACUCGGAUAACUCUGUGAUGGCUUUUUUGCGUUCGGUGUCCCGAGCCAGUGCCCGCAGGAAGUACGGACUCCUCUUCGACCAGCUGUGCCGCCUGCAGGAGCCGCGGCUCGACGUGGUGACGCGGCUCGCCGCCCUCAAGUCCACCGCCGCCGUCGUGCAGGAGGCCACCGCCGUCCCCGGCAAGCGCAAGGACCCGCUGGACAUCACCUUCGAGGAUGCCAAGGCGGCGUUCAAGAGCAAGACCAACCUGGAGCUCAUCAGGGCGUACCUGGUCUACACCAUGUGCUCGUUCGAGACCCUGGUGGAAAAUAACAUGCAGCUGAUGAAAUGGGCGAAGAACGUGCUCGGCGAAAAGCUCUUCAUCGCGGCGAUGAAGGCGACGUUCUACGGUCACUUCGUCGCCGGCGAGGAUCAAUACAAAAUACGGCCCACGUUGGAGAGGUUGAGGUCGUUCGGAGUCAAACCGAUCCUCGACUACUCGGUCGAAGAGGACCUCUCACAGGAGGAGGCAGAGAAGCGGGAAGUCGAAGCCUCCGUCCCCGAAGGCGGCGACAAAGUCGAACAGGGUUCCCUCAAACAAUACCACGUGGACAAAACAUUCGCCGAUCGUCGUUACAAAGUCCAAUCCGCACGUACCUACUUCUACUUGAACGAAGCCACUUGCGAACGAAACAUGGAGACCUUCAUCCGAUGCCUGGAGGCCGUAGCGGACUUUCAGAAGCAUCCAUCAGGUGCCACAUACGGCACUGGCAUCACAGCCAUCAAACUCACCGCCCUCGGUAGGCCCCAACUCUUGCUUCAACUGUCUGAAGUAAUCAUGCGCGCCCGUAAAUACAUGACGGAAAUCGUAGGCGGCGAAGGCAACGUCUUAUCUCACCACAUGACCAUCCAAGAUCUCGAACAGAAGCUGUCCAAAAUCAAAGACCAAGAAUCGGUUAAGAAGUUCCUCACUCAGAUCACCGCGGACAAGCAAGGUAUCCUGCACUUGUUCCCGUGGUCAGGCAUCAUCGACGAGAACCAAGAAUUGAGCAAUACGUUCCGGGUGCCGGAUCUGAAGACGGGGAGGAUGUCGAGGUUGAUCACGCAGCUGUCGCCGAAGGAGGAGGAGAUGUUCAGGAACAUGAUCAGGAGGAUGAACACCAUUGUUAAGGCUGCUCAGGACAUGGACGUCCGCAUCAUGGUGGACGCCGAACAGACCUAUUUCCAGCCAGCCAUCACCCGUAUCACCCUGGAAUUCAUGCGAAAAUACAACAAAGAGAAAGCUAUAGUGUUCAACACGUACCAGUGCUACCUUCGGAACGCCUUCGACGAGGUCACGACCGACCUGGAGCAAGCGAAAAGACAGAAUUUCUACUUCGGGGCGAAAUUAGUCCGCGGCGCCUACCUCGAACAGGAGAGGGCCCGCGCGGCAGCCCUGGGAUACCCCGACCCCACUAACCCCAGUUUCGAAGCGACCUCCGACAUGUACCACAAAACGCUCACCGAGUGCUUGAGGCGGAUCAAAGCCUUCAAGGACUUGGGUGAAGAAAAGAAGAUCGCCAUAAUGGUGGCCUCGCAUAACGAAGACACUGUCCGCUUCGCCAUCCAGAAGAUGAAGGAGUUCGGCAUCGAGCCCGAGGACAAGGUCAUCUGUUUCGGCCAGCUGUUGGCCAUGUGCGACUACAUCACUUUCCCGUUAGGUCAGAGUGGGUACUCGGCUUACAAAUAUAUUCCGUACGGGCCUGUCAACGAGGUGCUGCCGUACCUGUCCAGAAGGGCCCACGAGAACAAGGGCGUGCUGAAGAAGAUCAAGAAGGAGAAGAGGUUACUGGCGAGCGAGAUCCUAAGGCGUUUCGCAACCGGAAAAUGGUGGUACACACCAAAGGGCGACUACACCCCUGUCUAAAGGUGAGAGGGUGGGGGGUAGGUGGCGUGUUGUCGGUUUGUUGAAGGUGUUGUUUUCUGCAGGGAAGAGGAACGACCCGAAGUACUUUUUUAAACGAGCCUCCGUGGGGUACCGAACCUAUUUUAGAUAAGUAGUUGCAAAAAUACAGUAAAAGACAGUCCACCGGAAACAAAGUCACGUCUGUGUGGGAUCGUUCGUCCAGAAAUAAAAAGUAGGUUAAGAGUAUGAAAAGUCUGAAUUUUAUUAAGGACAAUAUUAAAUAAUCCGUAAGAGUUAACAGUUUCGCCAGGACGAAAUUUUUCACACAGAUCCGGAUUGAGUUAGUGCUUAGUAAUUAAAAUUUAGUUAGACUAUGAAAAUUAUGUACAGAUGUUCAGUGUGCGUUUUAAAACAAAAGAAAACCCAAAAAAAGUACGCGCGUCUGCCCGACUCGGUCGGAGUGUGAUUGUGGAGGUUUACGUUUCUUGUCUUUUUUUUUUUUUUAAUUCGUUUCGUCGACUUAAAUGUUAUUUUGGGGAGGCAAACAAAGCACGGCGUACAGAACGAAUUCGAUGUAAAUUGAGUAUUAACCUAUUGUAAGAUAUUGACGGUGAAUCUUAGUAAUUUAUUAGUUUGUUGAAAUUUGUAUCAUUUUUAUAGCCUGUGAUGAUAGAAUUUUUUUCUGUAAAAAAUGUCAACUGAAUCUGCCUUUGAGUAUUUUUUAAAUUGUUUAGUUUGGUGUGAUUGAAUAAAUUUAAUUGAAGUAAUGUUGUCUGUUAUUUUGUAAAUGUUUUCUCGCUUUGUUGUUGCGACAUGUUCUUAUCGUUAGUCAUACGAACAAGUCAAUUCUGUGUCCUUAUUAAACGUAAUGUUCUGACAAUAAGUACAAGAAUAAAGGUUAUAAGUGUU